GAUCGACGCGGGUGUUGAUCGAAGUUUUCAGAUAUGUAAAUUGGCGUCACCACUGAGGUAAAGUGCAAGUAAACAACCAGACCUCACCAGAGCACGGCACUUACCGAAGCCGAGCAAUUCUUUUUGUUUGCUUUAUUGCUGCAGGCAAUAUAUCAAACAGGAUGCGGCUACACGCUUGGCGUGGUCGGCUACCCCUGUUCUGCUCAUCAACCCUUCUUCAUUUCGUCGCCCCACCGCCUUGUUGCCCGUUCGUCGCUGCGUUGUCCGUACUGUCCUCCCUCGGUACACAGCAACCGGACGACGACGAGGCCACGUCAGGUAAUCCCAGCCCGGCCAACGCAGAAAAGGAUGCGGGCAAAACAACAAUACCAGUGGGCACAACAACUUCCGCUGCAGAGGACCAGCACCCUGACCAAAAAUUAGCUACUCCGUCCACCAGAACCGAAGCCGCUCAGGAUCACUCUGACUCUCUGUCCGCUGCAGCACCAGGUAAUAAACCAAUCUCGCCGACCUCCGGGCUAGACUUCUCCGAAGAGAUCAGUGAGGAAUUGCGGACGAAGCUUAUGAGAGUGCACAACCCGCCCUCCCCCUCAUUUGUAUUGCAUGAAGAGCAAUAGAAACAGCGCCACGGGUGGAGUCUGUACAUGACAAACUCAUGAUGCGUCUAGUGUAGUACUGUUUGGGAUUCCGGAAUCUGUGAUGCAAACAAUACCACAGGAGUCGAGCAUCUGGAUUUGGGGUUUUGCAUGACAAAUGAUGGGGAGGGGGAUUGUGCCCUCUCAUAAAGCUACAGCUCCGUCGACAACGGGCGGAUGACGGGUCAGCAGGUGGUGGUUAUCAAAGUCAAAAAAGCCCCCACCCCAUAUCGGAAACGGAAGAUGCGCGAGUUUGUGAUGCUGUAUUUGAGUACACAAAUCGACUUGUAUUGCUAGAAGGCCAAGAGACGAAGCUGCGGCCUAAAGUGCAGGUAAUCUGUCAUGCUGUUUCCCACUUCCAGCUGCCUCCUGUCAUCCUGGAGCUGCAAGGCUUUCCCACGCUAGACAGCACUACAGUCCGCAUCUUUUGCCUUCUAGCAUCACGAAGCUGAUUUGUGGGCACAAAUCUGCAUCACAGAUUUCCGUUUUGAUAUGGGGAGGGGGCAUCUUUCAUUGUAAUAGUGGCGAAACAGACACAAGUACAACAUCAAACUUGGGCUUUGGUGAAGCGGUACUCGCCGCUUCGAAAAAGAAGGAAGAGCUGUCAGACGAAUUGAAACGGAUGCUGGAAAAACGGAAAGCUUGUAUGGGAGAAAAUACUGCGGUGGGCUCAGCAUCAGCAGGCGAGAACGCAGUGGAACAACAUCAGCUUCCCAUCCCGAAAGUUCCGAACCCUGGUUACAAUUCUGGUCGAGCGCCGUCGAAGGAACAAGGCUCCAACAGUUGUUCUGUUGCACCUGCUACGGGCGGUGGACCACCUUCUUCUACAGCGACGAAAGCUACUUCAUCCCGCAGGCUGAAAGUGGACCAACUAGGUAUGAUGACUUCAGCGGACGGCGCCUCGGGGCGAGACGAAGAGUCAUCAACGUGGACGAGUGAGGGCCGUGAUGGUGCUGGUACAUUAUCACGACCCACCCGCGGAGGUGGUUCUGCUUCCGCCAUGGAUGUAGUAGACCCAGAACAGCGGUCCAGUAGUGGCAGGGCCAUUGGUGGAGAAGGAUCCUUGGGGACGGGUUGUGUUGAUGCUGCGAAAGAAAUCUUCGUGGUAGAAGAAACAUCAACCAAAACUAUGACAACAGCUGGUGGUGCAAGUGAAGCUUCCCCCAAAGUAGACCGGUCGUGCACGACCGGAGAAACAACUACUGAUCUUCCCGAAGGUCACCACGACCCAAACCUCCCCAGCACCCCGUCCCCGCUGAAAACCCUCCACAACAGCCUGCUCGAGCCAACCCUCCCAGCCUACCAGGCGUUUCAGCAAACCCCGUCUUCGCAAUUUAUCAAGGCCGCCGCCUCGAGCAAGCCAAACCUGAAAGCCGUGCCGCGGUCCAGCUCCGCAAGCCGAAUUGGCGGGCUUGCGAAGACGAGCAAGUGGAUCUCGAAUGUUCUGAACAAAAAUUUCGAUACGUUGGACAUCGAGCGGCGGUUGAACAGUUUGGGACUGCAUGAUUUGAGUCUCAUCGGCGGGGCAGGCGGGGGUCGCGCAACUACUUCUUCUGCGGCCAGUGCAACACGUAGUAGUACUAAAAACAGCCGAUCUAGAAGGUCCUCCGGAGCAGCCGACGAGGUUUCCACAACUUCUUCCUCCACCAGCAGGCUGCAAAACCUCCUCCCGGGCGAGCAAAUCCAGCUCACGGUUGACGCGACCUACCCGGACUACGUUUCGCGAGAGUUGCGGGAGAUGAAAAAACGAAAGGCCGCGGGGUAUUCGUGUACGAAUUACCAGCCUGGGGACGAGUUUUUCGCCGGGGAGGAACUGGACUUUGUGCACUUGCAGGUGCUGCCCAGGAGACGCAGGAGACACAGCACGUGUGGAUCUACUACCUCCGGAGGUAGGAUGAGCGUGGACGGGUGUGGGAGUUCUGGGGGAUCUUCUUCACCGAGUGGAGGUAAUGAAGACGAAUCCUCGCCUCCAGCGGAGAGCAGCGCAGGUGACGCAGCAGGAGGAAGACCGGCAAUUUUAACAACACCUUCCUCCCCAGCAGGGUGCAGUACGGGACGAGGUAGCGUCGACAAUGGCAUCACCGGUAUAAUGGGACACGAAAGCGACCAACUUGACACAACGAGCAGCUCCACUUCGUCCCUUAACGAUUUACCCACACCGAAGGAGGAGAUUCAGCUACUGCAGCAAUUGAGAAAAAAAGAAAUCACCCGGCGGAGAGAGGAUUUAGAGCAAGCGGAGAACGCGUUCACCGAGGGGCACAUCAACUGCCGCACCAUUGUGGACCACAUUUUGCGGAAGCGGGAGCGGUUUUCUGAUUUGCGGUUGGAGUUUCUGGACGCGGAAAUCAAGGAGCGGAAGGAAUUUCAGGAGAGCUCGGCGUUCUCGAAAAAGAUACGCAUUGGAAAACAAGUAUCGUGGUACUCUUGGUAAUUGCAAUUACGCAUGACAAAUCUUCUUCUGAAGGGAAAAUAGCAUGACAAAUUCCAUUUCUCAUGCUGAGCCAAUUUGUAAUGCAAUCAACACGACGUAGUACGAUGCUUUUGCAGUGCAUAAAAGAUGAAAGAGAACGACUGUGCUGAGUCCGCUGUUGACCGCUCACCCUCGCCGGAAGUCAGCUUCGUGAUUGUCAGCCCGAAUAGCAGUGGAAAGAACGGCGGGUGUCGUGGUGAAAUAAAUUCCGUCCAACUGGGAGCCGCGGCUCAUGACGCGAUGAAACAAGGACCGUUACAAGAACUGCUGACCACCGGGAUUGGUUCUUCUUCUUCUCCGUCGUACAAACCAGUUCCGAUGGACGAAACCACUGACACUGGGCGUUCUUGUGCAGGAACUGCUGGAACAAGAACAACACCAACAGCAACACCUGCUUCGCCGAGCUCUGCAUCAACAUCACAACCGCUACUCCAACUCCGCAGUCCAAGUGCAUCAACAGGGAACAUCAUGAACACCAAACUCGUGUCUGCAACGUCUACAAGUCCAACCAGCACCCCGAGUUGUACUGCUACUGGUUCGACGGAACAAGCAUUGCAGCCUGGAGGUUCAUCCGCUGCGGGGGGGAGCACGGGUUCUUGCUCCUCGGAAUUAGAGGCGAAGUUGCAGAAAAUGCGGGAUCGGAUCGUGGACGAUGAUGCUGGCCUGACUUCUGCCACGGCUCAACACGACCACCCAGUUAGUGUGCAACAAGGGGGUCCGGCAGUACUACAAAAAGACGCUACAAACAGGAGUGUGCCGCAGGGGCACGGGGGAGUUAAUCGGGAAGAUAGCGAUAAUAAGCACAACCAAAAACAACGAGAGCAGGGCGCGGAGGCGGAGUUGGGUGGAAAGGGCCUGUUUCUGAUUUGAGUGAACGCCUUUUUAGAAAUUUCUCGUACUAAUACAACGCAAAAAAAAAGAUCUAUGAAUACAGAUGUCUCAAUAUAGUUGAUGAAGGUUUGAUAAAGCGAAGUCCGAUCUGAAUCUUUUGUUAUUGUGGUUAUGCCAAGUAGAAGUUGACAGCACGACUUGCAGGGGCAGUUCACUGUUUCGAAACUGGGAGAUGUAGGUGUACUUUGUCUAUACGGAAGAAUAACUAAAGCGAGAAUACAGAUGGAAUUGCCUUUAUAGCUGCACUACAGCUACUGGCACGGAACUUAUUUUUGUCGUGCUACAGGUAUAAUACGAAUACAGAAAUAUCUAGGUUAUAGAAAGGCAUGAAGCGGUAGGAUUUGUUUUGUUCCGAAACUAUUUAUAAUUAUUUUUUUUACCUGUCUGUUGAAACCGCCCGAAGCUGAAAACAGUUGUAAAGUGUAGACAGAUGAAGAAGUAGAAACACUUUGGAGAUGAAGCCGUUUUCUGCUGCAUUCCGUUGUUUCCAAAGAUUGACUUGAGAUUGAAAAAACACGAAACACGCACGAGCAGCGAAAGUGAAAGGAUCUAGAUAAGUUUGUCCGUGAGUCAACAUG